CUUCUGCGUUCUCAUUUCACAUUGGUCGGCUGCUGCACAAAUUCAGCUGAAAACCUCAACUAAAGUUCUCUCCUUUUCCCCCAUAUAUAUCUGAUUUCUUCUUCCUGGAACCUCUUCACUUGAUUGCUUCACUCAAUCCAUGGCUUGUUCCACUUCGUUUAACCCACCAUCCUAUUUGGCCCUGACACGCCUAAACCCAUGUGCCGUUUCUUCUCCUUUUCCCUCUAAGCCAAACCCUUCAAGCUUCGUCUUGUUUCCAUCUAGAAUGGGUACUCUUAAGUUUCACGACCACGUUCCUGCAGUCAAUCUCAAGGCUCUUUCAAUGCGUGAACCCAAAGCUGCUAUAGUUACUAAAGACUCAUGGAAGAAAUUGAUAUUGAGCAGUGAUGUCCCCGUUAUGGUGGAGUUUUAUGCAAGCUGGUGUGGACCUUGCAGGAUGGUUCACAGAUUAAUUGAUGAGAUUGCAGGAGAUUAUGAUGGGAAACUAAAAUGCUUUGUACUCAACACCGAUGAUGACUUACCAAUUGCCCAGGAUUAUGAAAUUAAGGCCGUACCAGUGGUGUUGCUGUUCAAGAAUGGAGAGAAACGGGAGUCUAUUGUUGGUACAAUGCCUAAGGAGUACUAUAUUUCUGCCAUUGAGAGGGUUCUGAAGUCAUAAAUAUAGUAAAUAUGAAGUUGCGCACAACUAGAAUGUUCAUCGAAGGUGUCAACUUUCAUCUCAUAAAUGAUGAAUCUAUUUCAGUAAAUAAUUUGUACAUCCUCUAGUUGUUACCAUAUACAACCAUGACUCUUGAGCCUGUGGAUUAUUUCUUUGCUGUUCAUUUGGUCCUUUACACUUACCAUUGAAACUCGAGUGUGAAAUAUGUGAACUGAAUGCAUUCCAUGUCUUUCUCUUGUGUUCUUGUCCCUUUUGUUAUUACAGCAUCCAUUUUGGGCACAUACUUUUUUACCCCCAUAGUUUACACGCUUUUUGAUUAAGCCCUCUUGGAUUUUUUUCAGGAAAAUGGUUGAUUUAUGGUUAGGUCAAUGAGCCAUGGAUGCAGAAACGUUGUAGUCCAGAAAAUAUUAUCUCCUUGACUCAAUGACUUAGCCUUGAUUAUAGUUGCGUGUGCGCUUUUACUUUUAUUUUGGAUUAUACAGUGAUAGACAAUCUUUUCUCCUCUCGUAAUAGAGGAUGGAUCUAUAC